GCACUGGCCCGCCCCGCGCAUUGGCCGAGCGGCCGGGAGGGCGGGUUGGGUGGCGCGCGCUUCCGGCCGGUGGCCGGGCCUGGCGCGCACCGCCCCUUCCGCUGUCGCUCCCGCGAGCCCGGACCCAGCUCCAGCCCCAGCCCCAGCCCCGACCCCGGCCCGGCGGCCCAGGCGUCACUUCGGAGCGCGGCGGCAGCUGACUGCGCGUUCACGCCCCGCUGGGAGCCGCGAGCCCCGCCGCCGUUAUGAAUAUCCGCAAUGCGAGGCCAGAGGACCUGAUGAACAUGCAGCACUGCAACCUUCUGUGCCUACCCGAGAACUACCAGAUGAAAUACUACUUCUACCACGGCCUGUCCUGGCCCCAGCUCUCUUACAUUGCUGAGGAUGAGAAUGGGAAGAUUGUGGGGUACGUCCUGGCCAAAAUGGAAGAGGACCCGGAUGACGUGCCCCACGGACAUAUCACCUCACUGGCUGUGAAGCGUUCCCACCGGCGCCUCGGCCUGGCUCAGAAGCUGAUGGACCAGGCCUCCCGAGCCAUGAUCGAGAACUUCAAUGCCAAAUACGUCUCCCUGCAUGUCAGGAAGAGUAACCGGGCCGCCCUGCACCUCUAUUCCAACACCCUCAACUUUCAGAUCAGCGAAGUGGAGCCCAAAUACUACGCAGAUGGGGAGGACGCAUAUGCGAUGAAGCGGGAUCUCACCCAGAUGGCCGACGAGCUGAGGCGGCACCUGGAGCUGAAGGAGAAGGGCAGGCACAUGGUGCUGGGCUCCAUCGAGAACAAGGUGGAGAGCAAGGGCAACUCACUUCCAAGCUCAGGAGAGGCCUGUCGUGAGGAGAAGGGCCUGGCUGCUGAGGAUAGUGGUGGUGACAGCAAGGACCUCAGCGAGGUCAGCGAGACCACAGAGAGCACCGAUGUCAAGGACAGCUCCGAGGCCUCUGACUCGGCCUCCUAGAGCCCGCAUGUGCUCCUCGCCCCGCCCUGGCCUGCACAUCCCAUCCUCGCCCUGUGAGGUUUCACAAUAAACUUCACCCAGCGGCCUUGGGGA